UUCUUUAAAUCCCCCCUAAAAAAAAUCCAGAAAACGCUCCUAUAAUUCUCUCCUUUUCUUGAUUAUAAAAUAUUUAAAAAUAUAAAAUAAAUUAAAUUAAAAUAAUUGUCCCUUUUUCUCUCUUUUUCUAACACUAUAUCUAUCAUUCAUCAAACACAACAUUUGCUCAUUUUUUUUUCUCUUCAUAAACCAUAAACCCAUCAAAAAUCUCCCACGAAAUUACCAAAACAUACAAUUUUCAACAAUUAAAACCCGCUAUUCAAAUAGUAAUAAUAGUAAUUAAAUAAAUAAAUCAGAAUUUUCAUAUAAAAUAAGUACCUACAACUGAUUUAAAUAAAUUAAUAGAAUUUCGGUUUUUUUUGGCUUGGAAAUUGAAGGUGUUAAAAUGGCGAAUAAUCAACCGCAUCAUCAUCAUCAUGAAGGGUUAGGAGAUGAGUUUUUUGAGCAAAUAUUAUCAGUUUCUGGUUAUAAUACUGGCGGUGGAAGUGACGGCGGUGGGUAUGUAGGUGGUGGUUCUGGCGGUGGUGAUGGGUCGUCAAUUUUGUUGGGUUUAGGCCCUGGAGAUGGGUCCGGUCAUGGAGGUGUCAAUGUUGGGCUUGGUAUUGGUGGGUUUAGAGGUGGAAUGGGCUUGGGUUUGCCUUUGGGUCUGAAUUUGGAUCAUGGUGGUUCUUCCACUCAUGGUGGCGGUGACGGUGGUAAUGCUUCCUCAUCUUCUAGAAUUAACGAGAGUGACUCAAUGCACUUAACAAAUUUGUUUCCAGCAUUUGGUCAGUUACAACAUCAAUCACUCCGUCCUGCACCUCCCUCGAUUCAAGUUCAUCAGACUUUCCAGGGUCACUCAGCACCAGGACCAGCUCCACCAAUGUCGCAUCCUCCAGCAAUCAGACCAAGGGUGCGAGCAAGGCGUGGCCAAGCCACUGAUCCCCACAGUAUUGCUGAACGGUUGCGUAGGGAAAGAAUAGCUGAAAGAAUGAAAGCUUUGCAAGAACUGGUUCCGAGCUGUAACAAGACAGACAGGGCGGCUAUGCUUGAUGAAAUUGUUGAUUACGUAAAAUUUCUGAGGCUCCAAGUCAAGGUGUUGAGCAUGAGUAGAUUGGGUGGAGCAGGUGCUGUGGCACAACUAGUAGCCGAUGUGCCCCCAUCAUCUAUUGAGGGAGAAGCAGUUGAUGGGGCGCAAGCAGCAUGGGAGAAAUGGUCAAGUGAUGGAACAGAGCAGCAAGUUGCUAAACUGAUGGAGCAAGACAUAGGAGCUGCUAUGCAAUUCCUUCAGUCAAAGGCACUUUGCAUUAUGCCUGUCUCACUCGCAUCUGCUAUUUUCCGGUCACAUCCACCACCUCCGGAUACACCAUCAAUGAUUAAGCCCGAAGCAAACCCGCCUCCCUAAUAACAAUAAGGAUAUCAUCAACAAGGGCAUUGGUAGACGAAGAUGAGAUACUAGUACGUUUUUGAUCAAGUCAUUGUCCCAGUUUUUGUCAAACAAGGGGAUGAUCUGCAAUGUGGGCACUAACAUGUUUUUCCUAAGCAAAAGUUGGUCAAGUCUAUAAAGUAUAAAGUUUGUCAAAUAUAUCUUUUGAUGACAUUAUAAAUCUUCUAAGUAAAUCAUUAAAUCAAUGGGUGGGGGGAAAUUAGUGGGGUAUGACCCAGACAUUUGUGACUAAUGCUCUUUUGUUUUUCCUGUAUAGUGGAAAAAUAUGCGGGACCAAUCUUUUGGAAAAAUAUUUGUAGCAUAAUUUAUAGUAUCAUGUUUAAGUAGAAUUCAAAUGAAAAAUAAAUUGAUAAUGGUUUGUUGUUUUUGAAAGCAA